ACUUGGUCCUAAGCUGCAUCCUCCUCCCAGCCAGAGCUUACCAGGAUGGACGAGGAGCAUCUUCACGAUGAUCUGCAAGUUCUUAAAGAUAGAAACUUCUUCCAGCAGAGGCUGAGAUCCUUUCUCACGGUAUACUUGCUACUGGCCCUCCUCUUCUUCAUGCUCAUCACCCUGUUUGCUGUGUCGCUCUCCAGAGUUUCAUCCAUUUCCUCUAAACUCAACGAAGUGAAGCCGGAGUGGAAACAGAACUUUUCUGGCAAGGAUUUUCUGUUGUUUCCCUGCGGACCCAGAUCCAGGGAAUGGGAAUACUUUGAUGGAAAAUGUUACUACUUCUCCCUAAGCAGAACGAACUGGUACAAGGCGAAGGCUCAGUGCGAAGAGAUGCACUCGCAGUUGGCUAUAAUUAACAGCUACACCAAGCAGAAUUUUGUCAUGUUCAGGACAAGGAAUGAGCGUUUUUGGAUCGGGCUCACGGACGAGAGCACGGAGGGGGAAUGGAAAUGGAUCGACGGAACCGACUAUAAAACCACGUUCACAUUUUGGAAGGAGGGAGAACCCAACAACAGCGACCACAACGAGGAUUGUGCCCACGUCUGGAUGUCCGGGAAGUGGAACGACGUCGCCUGCACCUAUGAGUGCUAUUACGUCUGCGAGAAGCCUCUGCCCAACUGAGCAAAGCCACGCGCGGAGGCAACCUCCGACGCUCUGGCACCCCAAAUGUUCCUUUUUCUUCUUAAUUUAUACUAUCGGAGUGCCCGCUCCCCCUCUUCCUCUCCAGCGCGCUGUCCCGAGGAAGAGCGGGGAUGGAUUUUGAUGGUCCUAAGCAAUAUACGCAGGAAUCUGGGUUCUCCGUGCGGAGCUCAGCCUAAUAAAGGACGAUUUUUGCUCCAGUUAA